GUGUGCUUUUGGUCUCCGCAAUUAUCUGCUGGACACAUUUGUAAUUCUCUUUUCUCAGCUCAUCUUCAUUGCUCUGUUGAAAACAGAAACUCAGAUAUUCAGAGAAUCAGCUGCUUGCUUCUUCUGGGUAGGGGUGAGAGCUUGACAGAGGAAAGGAUAAGAAAGUAUGGCGUUUGCAGGAACAACCCAGAAGUGUAUGGCUUGUGACAAAACAGUUUAUCUGGUUGAUAAAUUAACAGCAGAUAACCGAGUGUACCAUAAAGCUUGCUUCCGAUGCCACCACUGCAAAGGAACUCUCAAGCUUAGCAAUUAUAAUUCUUUCGAGGGAGUUCUUUACUGCAAGCCACACUUCGACCAAUUGUUCAAAAGAACUGGUAGUCUUGACAAAAGCUUCGAAGGGACACCGAAAAUUGCAAAACCAGAAAAACACAUUGACAGUGAGAAACCUGCAGUAACCAAAGUCACAAGCAUGUUUGGUGGAACCAGAGAUAAAUGUACUGGUUGUCAGAAAACAGUCUACCCAACUGAGAAGGUUACUGUAAAUGGGACUCCUUACCACAAGAGCUGUUUCAAAUGCUGCCAUGGAGGAUGUGUUAUAAGUCCUUCGAACUACAUUGCGCACGAGGGUAAACUGUACUGCAAACACCACCAUAUCCAACUGAUCAAGGAGAAGGGAAACUUGAGCCAGCUUGAAGGUGACCAUGACAAGAAUGAAACACAUGACCAGAUCAAUGGGGAAGAAGUUGCUGCCUAGUGCCUAGACACGAGGUCGUUGACAAGAUCAGAGGAUAUGCCCUUGUUCAAUUUCCUAUAUUCUCUGCCCCUUUUGCCCAUGUUUCUGUUUUUUACCACUUACUUUGAGUCCGGCAAGCUUUUUGCCCGCAGCUGAUAUUGUAUUCCUCUGUUUCCAGUUCAUGUGUGUGGAUGGAUCUUCAUAAUUUGCUUUUGGAUUCCGUUGUGAGUUUGGUGAUACCACAAUGUCAAGAGCAUUUGAUUCGAUUAA